AUGUCCCUGAAAUCUUCAGAUGAAAUGGAAAAUCACAUUGUGGGACAUUUUCGAAUAGGUCCCGAAAUCGGUAAAGGAUCAUUCGCAAAUGUCUACAAAGGUUAUGAUUUGAGAACACGCAAAGCAGUCGCAAUCAAGUCUGUAUUUCGAAGUCGCUUAAAAAACCAGAAACUCAUCGAUAACUUGGAGGUUGAAAUUUCGAUUCUUAAGAACCUUAAGAAUCCUCAUAUAGUUGCAUUGCUUGAUUGUACUCGAACGGACGAGCACUUUCAUUUGUUCAUGGAAUAUUGCUCUCUAGGUGACUUAUCAUAUUUUAUCAAGAAAAGAGACCAGCUUGCAACUCAUCAUCCAUUAAUUAAAUCAAUUCUUGAAAAGUAUCCUUCUCCUCCUCAGAGUAGAGGAAUGAACGAAGUACUCGUCAUUAACUUUAUACAGCAGCUGGCUUCUGCCUUAAAGUUCCUACGUUCGCAGAAUUUGGUUCAUAGAGAUAUCAAACCUCAGAAUUUGCUGCUAUGCCCACCAGUACAUUCUAAGAAAGAAUUUGAAGAAAAGCACUAUGCAGGUCUCUGGGAGUUACCAGUUCUUAAGAUUGCUGACUUUGGCUUUGCAAGGUUUCUUCCGGCGACCUCCAUGGCAGAAACUCUUUGUGGUUCUCCAUUAUACAUGGCACCGGAAAUUCUCAGAUAUGAAAAGUACAAUGCAAAAGCUGACUUGUGGUCUGUUGGUGCUGUUAUAUAUGAAAUGGCCGUCGGAAGGCCUCCCUUUCGGGCUGCAAAUCACGUCGAAUUGUUGAAAAAAAUAGAAAGGGCGAAGGACAAAAUAUCGUUUCCAUCUUCUGCAAAACUUUCCGAAGGGCUGGUUAAAUUAAUUUGCAGUCUUCUAAAGGCAGAUCCUACAGAAAGAAUGGGCUUUACCGAGUUUUUUGAAUAUCCAUUGGUUGUGGGCGAGAUAAAGAGUGAUGAUCAACCCUUGGAAUGCUCUCUGGAUGAUGAUCAACUUUUCAUUAGUGAAUAUCUACCAAAGAAAGGUUCAAGUUUGGGCACGACUUCACCAUUAACAACUUUGCCCGAAGAAGAGUUGGAAAACUCUGAUCAGAAUGAUGACGUUUCGACAAAUCACAUUAAGAGUACGGUGCAAGAUGAAAAUGAAACAAAAAUUGAUAAGAAAGCCCACACUGAGGCAAUUGAUACAAAUUCUUCGAAACCCACGUCGGAUAGCAAGAGCAUAGAAUUUGGAAUACAGCCGAAGGAUGAGAUAAUAAAAAGUAUAAUAACCAGGAAUAGUCCUCCUCCUGGGAAAAAGGAUGCCUCCUUGCUACAAAAGUUACACCAGAGAACAGUAAAUACAUACAAAAUUGAGCAGCCAAGGGCUAUUUCUCCAUUUGAAAAGGAUUAUGUUGUCGUUGAGAAGCGAACGGUUGAGGUAAAUGCACUAGCAGAUGAAUUAAAUAAAAGAGGAUCGGGUGCGGUUGCCAUUUCUCCCAGAAAUGAUAGCUUUCUUCCUGCAGACAGGAGAUAUUCGUCUGGAAGUUCCUCAUCGAGUGCUUCCUCACAUAGGAAGCCCAGCUUCAGUGAACGGAAAACACCUCUCAUCAUGAAUUCCACAAAUGCACUCUCCAGAGCCUUGGGCUACACUUCGAGUCGACUGUUCGGCAUCGCGCAUCAUGGAUCACCAGGUCAACGGAAGUACUCACAGGAUUUCUGGAAGUAUCAACAGUUACAGCAGCAGCAAAAAGCUGCUUCCGGUGCAAAGAUUCUUGAAAGUAAAAUAUUGAAUCCACUAUUGACUAGUGCUCUUUCGGGAAACGAUGGCAACUCUAAGCAGAUAGUUAAGCCAAUAUCUCCGGAUGAUUCGCAAACUAUAUCUGAGGAUAAGAAGGUUGUUUCACAAUUGGAGACACUUGCUACUAUGGCUCAUGCGGUGAGUUUAUUUGCCGAAGUGAAAUUUAGUCAGUUGAUUCCCAUGCCACCAUCUUUCAGAACGAUUAGUUCAAAUGUAUCCCCAGGAAGUGAUGGUUCUAGUGGAACAAAUGACUCGUUACCAUCCAUGAUGAUAAGAAAUAUCAGUGAAGAGGGCCUGUCAUUAUAUGUGAAGACGUUAUCAUUAUUGGCUCAGGCGAUGUAUGUUGCAUCAGAGUGGUGGCACACAAAUUCUAUGGAUUCUGCCGCAUCUCCAAGGAUGAAUGAAUUAGUUCAAUGGAUUCGAUCUAAGUUCAAUGAAUGCUUGGAGAAAGCAGAAUAUUUGCGUGAGAAACUAGUCAAUAGCACAGAUUCUAAAGAUAUAAGUAAUGGCAGAGGACAAUGGGUAGUGGCAGAAAAGCUUAUUUUUGAUAGGGCACUCGAGAUGUCGAAGAAUGCGGCUUUAAAUGAAAUGAAAAAUAGGGAUUUAUAUGGCUGUGAGCUAACUUAUUCAACUGCAAUAUGGAUGCUGGAGGCAUUAUUAAAUAAUGAAGAAAAUGUGUCGGCAAGCAAGACUUUUGAUAAGUUGGAUGACUCGGAUAGGAAAACAGUACAGGGGUUUAUUAAUGUCAUUGGCAAAAGGCUUCUUUUGCUUCGCAAAAAGAUUGAGGUUCAACAAAUUAAACAUUGA